GCCAGGAGGCGGCGGCGGCGGCGGCUUGGGACUGACCGCGGCCGCUUGGGACGGCGUCCCACGAGGCGCCCUCGGAGCCGCCCGCAGUAGCAGUAGCGGGAGCCCAGCUGAAGCAGCGGCGGCGCCGGCCGGUUGGCCGCCCUCGAGGUCCCACCGACUCCCGGGGCACUGGCAGCUGACAGCAUCAAAGCCGAAAUCUCCUGCUGGCACCAUGGCAAGUGAAGACGUCACUGACGCCCAGGCCCUCCUGGACCUCAACUUCCAGUCUCUAGCUUCAAAGCACAUGGACCUGAAGCAGGUGGAACUAGACACUGCGGCCGCAAAGGUGGACGAGCUCUCCAAGCAGCUGGAAUCGCUCUGGUCAGGCAGCCCCAGGCAGUCCAGCUUGCCGCAGAAGGGGGAGAAGCACAGCACCGGCUCUUGGCCCUCUCAAGACUCCCCGGUCCGGACAGUCCCCAUCGUCGUCUCCCCGCUCCAUCCGUCCGCUUGGAAGAGCGCUUCCCUGGACUCUGCCGACAACUACUCUUCCUCCUACUCCUUCAGCGAGAACUCAGCCAGUUUCUCCUCUGGGGGGGCUUCAUACGGCUCCUCGCCCACACAGCUCCUCCCAAGCAAGUCCACGCUGGGCCGCCCCACCUCUCCACGGCCUUCCAUCUUCCUUCAGUCGGAUCUGGACCGAGCCCCCUCCCCUCGGCCUAAGGUGCUGCCUGUCCCUUACGAGUCAAUGGGCCAUGCUUCCUCCCCACGCUUCCUCCGAUCAGCUGGCUCCUUGGAGCGCCAGUAUGAUUACAAGCCCUACACCGGGACGGCAGGCCGAGGGGGCUCACCACGGCUGCCAACAGAGGGCUCCGGGUCUCAGAUGUUUUUCCCGGACCGAGUGCCAUCUCCGCGGCCACCUCUGCCACCACCGUACGAGAACCACAGCAUGUACCCUUCAAUGCCGAGCUCCUUCCCACCCUUCCGGACUCAAGACGAUUCGGUGAUUCGUCGGAGAACACAGAAAGGGUGGAAUGAAUCUGAUCUGGACGUAGUGUAUGAGAAAAAGCCAUCCCACCUGGGCAGCUAUGAACGAGGAGAUCCUCACAUGGGGCUCCGCCAGAGCGCACCAGGGCUGCCACUGGCCCCUUGGAGGGAGUCAAGUUUAGACGGGGGCACAGGGCAAGCCAAGGAGGAGCAUUAUGGGAUGCACAGUUCCACCUUGCCCCGAAACUACAAGGUUUCUCCAUUGGCCAGUGAGCGCCGCUCAGAGAGCUCCUUCCGCCGCUCCCUUCCUGCUAACCAGACAGGCACCCUGCCCCGGAACUGGCAGUUUGCCCAGCAGCCCAUCUCUCGUAUCCCCAUGCCGCCCCCCACCCCCCAGGGCAGCCGCCCCAAACGCCACAAGCCCCUUCCCUUGUCCAUGAUCUUCAGGCUGCAGAACGCCUUCUGGGAGUACGGGGCAUCUGGCACGAAGUUCCCCCUGGCACAGGGGCCUCCGGGAUCUCCGCUUUUCCUCCGUUCCCUGCAAAAGCAGAUGCCGCAGCAACCCCUCACGCCCACCCAGCACCUUCUAAGGAGUGAAGGAAAUGGCAGAGUCAUGCCCUCAGAUGUGCCAGCUGAACCUGUCCGUGUGGUGCCAAUCACCCUGUUGACAAGCGAGCCGGAGCCAGAACUGGAAAACCUGCUGCCGGGCAGCGAGCCUGCCGAGGUGGACGAGGUCGCUCGGCCUCUGAGCCCCACCCGCCUUCAGCCAGUCCUUCCACCGGAAGCCCAAAAAGUGCCCGAGUUCGAGGAGGUGGCACGAGUCCUAGCAGAGAUGCCCCGACCUCUGAAGCGGCGUGGUUCCAUGGAGCAGUGCCCGAGCGCAGCACUGCCCCCCACCCACAAGAAGCAGUACCAGCAGAUCAUCAACCGUCUCUUCCAUCGCCAGGAGGAGGCUGUGCCGGCGGGGGAAGCUGCUACGCAGGCAGAUCUGGUGCCCAUCAGCGAAGCCUCCGAGCAGAAGGUGCCCAGCACUUCCCUGGCGGCGGCACCUGCUCCAGCACCCCAGAGCCCCCUGACUGGCCCACCGGCACCUUCUGCUCCAGACACGCCUGAGAGCCCAGCCACAGUCUCCCCGCUGCCCAGCCCCGAGAAACGCUCGGCCUUGCGCAAGGCCUCCUCCCCGCGGAAGCGGCUGAAGCAGAGAGCCCGCCUGAACCCGCUGGUUCUCCUUCUGGACGCGGCUCUGACGGGGGAGCUGGACGUGGUGAAGGAGGCUGUGGCACAGCUGAAUGACCCAAGCCAGCCAAACGACGAGGGGAUUACAGCACUCCACAAUGCCAUCUGCGGCGCCAACUACAACAUCGUGGACUUCCUCAUCAACAUCGGUGCCAACGUCAACUCCCCUGACAGCCACGGGUGGACGCCGCUGCACUGUGCCGCCUCCUGUAACGACACGGCCAUCUGCAUCGCCCUGGUCAAGCACGGCGCGGCCAUCUUUGCCACCACCUGCAGUGACGGGAGCACGGCCAUCGAGAAGUGUGACCCCUACCGGGAGGGCUACAAUGAGUGCUUCAGCUAUCUAGCAGAUGUGGAGCAAAACAUGGGGCUGAUGAACAACGGGGUGGUGUACGCACUCUGGGACUAUGUUGGCGAGUUCAGCGACGAGCUGUCGUUCCGCGAAGGUGAACCUGUCACUGUGCUGCGCCGUGACGGCCAGGAAGAGAUGGACUGGUGGUGGGCAUCUCUCUACGGCCAAGAGGGCUACGUCCCCAAAAACUACUUUGGGCUCUUCCCCAGGGUGAGGCCCCAGCAGAAGAAAGCCUAAAGUUUCCAAGACUGGUGCUCCGUCACUGCCACCCUAGAGGAGCUUGGGGGGGACACGCCUGGGCAGGAAACUGGGGUACCAGCUGGUGGUUUCUGCCACAUUGCCUGCUUGCCCAGGGGGCUCUGGGUGGACAUGGCGGCCUUGGGGACGGUGCAGUUCUGCAGAGAGGCAAGAGCGCCCUGGAAGCUUUCAAGCUGGCCCUGUGGUCUGUUCCCUGGCUCUGCUGUAAGAAGAAGAGCUGAAUAACUGGGAGGGGCGGGGUGGGGCCAGCACAAGUCAGCCAGGUCCCAGGCAAACGCCCCCAAAGCCUGCUGGCUCCCACCCUGCAGUACGAACACAUCCUCACAAUACUGUUGACCUUAUUCCACCUAUAAACAUGUGACUUCUACAGGGAUGAACUGACUGAAGGGUGCCUGGCAUACUCCGUACGCAGAAUCCAUGCCCCCUUCCCAGGCAUACUUUGACCCGUACUGCUUUCGCUCGCUCCCCAUUUCCCCCCUUAGUUCCUGACAUGGUCCCUCUCCAGCCCAUAGACUCUCCUCGGCUCUUCGGGCGGGCGUACUCGGCAGUAAGGGCUCCCUUGGUUAUCUCGUGCGGAGGUCUCCCAGCUUCCUCAGCCUACAGCGUCAGUCCGCAAGCGGUCUCCUAAUGCAGGCCACCUCUGCUGUCUGCCUCUCUCGGAAACCUGGACUGCCGCCAGAGGCACCUUCUCCCACAGCCAGAGGGCUGCUUGCAGGGAGAAGAGGUGUCGCCCCUGUCGAUGUGAAGUUGCAGGAGGCGAGUUGGGGGGUGGGGGGGUGCCAUUUUCCUUGGCCGAUGCAGGAGGCUUGAGGAGAGCAGGGGGGCAGCCCUGUUUCCCACUGCCUGUAAGGGGAUUGUCAAACCAGGAAGGUGUGCGGGAGCCUUCUGGGUCCUUUUGCCUCUUUGCCUCCAGCUCUGCUGUUAUAAGUGGGGCCCCUGAUGGGACUCGCUCCCCUCGUUCUUUGCAGAGCCCAUGUGCCGCUGGCUGACCGGUGUAUUGCAGAGAGGGAUCCGUGGGCUCUGGCGUGAAUGGGAGGCCUGCGCUGCUUGUCGGUUCUCCCUCCUUGAACCCAAACCACCUUAGAGGCCUCCCUGUCCUGUCGCAGAGCACUUCUGCUGUCCUGUGUGGAAAGGUGGCCACACUUGCUUUCAGGAGCAAUGCCUGACUUGUGUGCUCUUUGCAGGCAGUGAGAGGGUCACUGCCUAGACGGGGGAGCCACAGCGUGUGCCUGGGCAACUCAGAGAUGAUUUGUGGGCACAGGCUUCUAACCUAGCAGGCCCCCCUGAACAGAGGCGGGGAUAAUUUUUGAGUUGGGUUAUUUUAAAAAUAAAAUAGGGUUAUUUUUUAAAAAAAAGAUUGGAAGAUUGUUUGUAUAUGACUUCUGUGAUGCUGAUAGCUGCCCCAAAAUGCAACUCUGCAAGGAAUAGUUGUGAGUGUUGUGGGGCUGAGCUGAGUCAUUCGGUUUGUAUCUGUAACACUAGAUAGGGACUGCAACAGAACACUUGCUAUUAAAAGCUGGACUGAUG